AGUCUCGGCAUCCAGCCAGCAGCCCAGCAGCCACCCCCAGUCUAGCCAGUGGCCACUGUUGCGUGUACUAGGUGGUAGACCGACCGACGAUGGCGACGACGACGACGGCGCGGGUGCCGCCGCUGCUGGUUGCGGCCGUUGCGGUGGCGGUGGCGGUGCUGGUGGAGGUGGCGACGGCGGCGGCGCCGCGGAAGCCCGUGGACGUGCCGUUCCAGAAGAACUACGUGCCGACGUGGGCGCAGGACCACAUCCACUACGUGGACGGCGGGCGGGAGGUGCAGCUGUACCUGGACAAGUCCACGGGGACGGGCUUCCAGACGCGGGGCUCCUACCUCUUCGGCCACUUCAGCAUGCACAUGAAGCUCGUCGGCGGCGACUCCGCGGGCACCGUCACGGCGUUCUACCUGUCGUCGCAGAACUCGGAGCACGACGAGAUCGACUUCGAGUUCCUGGGCAACCGGACGGGGCAGCCCUACAUCCUGCAGACCAACGUGUUCACCGGCGGCAAGGGCGACCGCGAGCAGAGGAUCUACCUCUGGUUCGACCCCACCAAGGAGUACCACUCCUACUCCGUCCUCUGGAACCUCUACAUGAUCGCGUUCUUCGUGGACGACGUGCCGAUCCGUGUGUUCAAGAACACGAGCUCGGACCUGGGGGUGCGGUACCCGUUCAGCCAGCCGAUGAAGCUCUACUCCAGCCUGUGGAACGCCGACGACUGGGCGACCCGCGGCGGGCGGGAGAAGACGGACUGGUCCAACGCGCCCUUCGUCGCCUCCUACAGGGGAUUCCACGUCGACGGCUGCGAGGCCUCCGCCGAGGCCCGCUACUGCGCCACCCAGGGCGCGCGCUGGUGGGACCAGCCCGAGUUCAGGGACCUCGACGCCGCGCAGUACCGCAAGCUCGCCGACGUCCGCCGCCGCUACACCAUCUACAACUACUGCACCGACCGCGACCGCUACGCCGCCAUGCCGCCCGAGUGCGCGCGCGACCGCGACGUCUGACGACACUGAUUCCUGAUACGGUACCAAGGGCCAAGGGGUGUGCUGCUUGUUGAUCCAUCGAGAGCAGCCAUGUAAUGUACGUAUCGUAUUGUAUUGUGUGUGUGUGUGUGUGUGUGUCAGGUUCGUCAUAUGGGUGAGCACGUGCACACUUACUACACAUGCUUUGUGUUGUACCGUGUACUGUAUCUGCUCAUAGCGAAAUGAAUUGAUCUUAUUUGCAUUGCAGUUUUUAGUACUACUAUAAAAAUUUAGCUUAAGUUAUGUUAACUCUUAUCUA